AUGCAGAAGCAUUUGUUGGAGAUCUUAAUGUUUCACACUCUCAAAGAUUCAUCAUUUCUAUCACCACAAAGACUCAGAGUGCUGAACAGAAUCAUAUCAUCACAAGGAUCAGACUUGAUCGAACACAAACUCUCUCAACACACUUCAUUCUUCGGCAUCAAGCUAUGGAUCCUCAUCACAGCUUCCGCCUCCAUAGCUUUCCUUAUCGCUCUCAUCGUUUUUGUCUUCCUCUGUUUCAUCUUUCACAGGAAAAGAUGUAGACAAGAGCCAUUCAGACUAAGAACAAAGCUUUGUCUGCCUUUGUCGUCACACAUUCCCUUCAAAGACAGAAGACAGAACCCGUAUAACCGUUGCGUCGAGGAAGGAGAUAGCCAGAGAUUCUCUCAGGUUGGUUGGUGCUCUGCUAAUCUUCCUUACUACACAAGAAGCUUCUCCUCUACCGGCGGAUUUGGAAGCUUCACCGUGUUUACUUUCUCGGAGAUCCAGAGAGUGACAGAGAACUUUGCAGAUGAGAAUCUGAUUGCUAAAGGUGAUUCUUCAAUGGUGUAUCGCGGAUUCUUGAUGGGUACAGUUUCUGUUGCUGUCAAACGGUUCUUCCCAAUCUCUCAAAGGUAUGAAGAUCAAGAUUUCGUAGCAAGAGCUGAGAGGAUUGCAAACGUUAGACACAAGAAUGUGGUGAGGCUCCUCGGGUACUGUAUUCAUGGAGACGAGAGGGUUCUUGUGUACGAAUACGUUGAGAAAGGCGAUUUGCAUGAAUGGCUGCAUGGAUCUGCAGGGAGAAAUCAGCCUCUGACCUGGAGAAAGAGGAUGAAGAUCAUUCAAGGAGCAGCAAAAGGACUGGCGUAUUUUCACGAAGACAUUGAACCAAGGAUCACUCAUCAAUACAUAAGACCGAGCAAGAUUCUUCUUGAUUAUCAAUGGAACCCUAAGAUAAUACUAUCUAUCCCAAGUCACAGUGAUAUUCCAAUGAACUCAGCUUUUAUUCCAUCAUCACCUGGUAAUCUUGAUGAGAAAAUCGACGUUCAUUGCUUUGGGACUUUGAUAAUGGAGCUUGUCUCCGGGAGAGUCUCUGUACACCAAAGUUCACCACAAGUUUAUCUGGUGGACUGGAUCAAAGGGAUGGUGGUGAAUCAUAUGAUCAUAGAUGUUCUUGAUCCUAGCCUGCCCGAGUUUCCUACAGUGAAGGAACUAAAACGGAUUGUGUUGAUUGCCUUGCGCUGUGUCGAUGCCGAGGUAGAAGAGAGACCUAAAAUGGGAGAUGUGAUUCACAUGCUCCAGCCACAUGACUUGCUACUGAGUAGUAGUAAUAAUGCAACACGGAAGCCUCAAAAAGUUACCAGAUCACACGAGGUUUCUGCAAUCAGUAUCAUAACUUGAAUCCCAAGCAAACAACAAAUAAUUGCUAGUUUCUUUUGCUAUUUUCUACAUUUUGGACCUUUCCUUUUUUU